AUGGUGCACAAGAUAAUCGUAGACACUGAUCCUGGAGUUGAUGAUGUCCUUGCGAUACUUCUGUUAUUGUCUUCACCGGAAGUCUCCAUCGAAGUGAUUAGCGUCUGCUUCGGCAACACUACGGUGGACAAGGCUUCCUUAAAUAUUCAAAAGCUAUACCACGUCCUCGAUCGUCACAUUGCGCAGCAUCCAGGAGAAAAGAACCGUUUCGCUGGCCUACAAACCACAACAAAAACGAAACUCGUCAAGGGUGCCAGUGGUCCACUUGAGGGCACUCUCGACCUUGCGGAAUAUUUUCAUGGCCCGGAUGGACUCUCUGACAUCACGACCACUCACACAGAGUUUGAUGCUCCUGUUGCAGUCCCCCAACAUAGUCCUCUUUUGCUCUCGUCAGAACCCGCCCAUGACGCGAUUUUGUCCACCUUGGCGUCUGAGCCUCCAUUGUCAGUCACACUCCUAUCCCUGGGGCCUUUGACAAAUGUCGCCCUUGCAUUGAAAAAGGAUCCACAAACAUUUUCCCGAGUCAAGCGAGUCGUCACCAUGGGAGGGACUUUCGAAACACCAGGCAACACAUCACCUGCAUCGGAGUUUAACUUCUUCGCCGAUCCGUAUGCCGUUGACAUUGUCCUCAAAUCUGCGACUCUCGGACAUUUUGACUUUCUCCUCACCCCACUGGAUAUUACUUCGCAGCAUACAAUACCUUUCGGCGACCUCAUCCGGCCCGAUGCAGAGCAACGGACACCCAACAUUCUUCGCUCUUUUAUCGAUCCCGUUUUAUCGCGGACCAGGCGGGUCCUUACCGCAUGGGGCUACACGGGAGAUUUGUUUGGGAUGCACGACCCUCUGGCCGCGUUUUUCGUGAUUGACCAUGCUGAAAUCCGUGGUCUGGAUCUCAAGGUGGGAUGGGCUACGAAGAAACGAGAAUUCAUAAUCGAACGAACGGGAGAGCUCACGAAAGGUAUGUGUGUUGUUGAUCGCCGAACGUGA